AUGAGCAAACGUGUAAUAUGCGGAAAUCUUGACGAUAGCGAACAAGAUAUGAAGGACAUUGAGCAAUCAUUAAUUUCAUCUCCUCCAACCUCGAAGCGACUUCCAAAGAAGCUCAAGAGGAGUUGGUUAGUGGAGAGUAAGGAUUUAAUGACCCUUCAACAAACAAUAUCGGAACACAAUGAAGACUCUGGGUUCAUGUUUGAAUCUGCAGAACAAAAACGUAUUUUGGAAAGCCUGAUCACUGUUGAGAAAGACUUGUGGGAAAUCACCUCUCUGGAGAUGUUUGAGUCAAUAUCCACAGGUUUACAAAAACAGUACACGUUGUUACAAAGUGAAAAACGGACUUUGGAUUGGUGGUGUUAUCAAUCAACUGUGUUAGAGCUCAAUAAGAUACUUUGUCAGGAGCACUCUAUGGAGCAUUCGAUCAAAUCCAUUCAAUCAGCUUUGAAAAAUUUCCGAAUUCACACGCCCUAUGAUUUGUUUUUGAUAUCCCAGAGAUCUCUGCCCCGUAACUCAUGUGAAUUCACAUUUUUAGGAAUGGUAAAUUAUUUGUUAGAUUAUCAAUUCAAAUUUAGAGAAAACAUUAUUUUCGGAACAAGUAGCUUCAACGAGGAAAGGUAUAUAGUUGGAGGAAAAAAGAAACUGUAUCCUGACUCCUUUGCCCAAAUACAAAAGGCAUUUGGAGACAGGUCGAUGAUGUUUUUCAAAUGUGAGAGACAGAAUGCAGAUACUUUGGAGCAGCACAAGGAUCAUUUCAAAAUGUAUGUUGAAAUGAAAGACAUGCUCCAAGAAUGGAUCAAAGCACUAAUCAAGGAAAACAAGCAUACGAUAGAAAAUGCUCAAAAUAUCAAGGUUUUUGGUUUGCUUGUUUCCAAAUUCAAGUGCAUGUUUCUUGAAGGAAGAAUUAAGGUUCACGAUGAAAAUAAUCUCAAUGAUGGCAUUCAUUUGGGAUAUCACAUUUUGGAAACCGAGAUCAUUAAUUUAGAAACCAUUGAUGGCGUUGCAAAGUUUACAACAGUAAUUGAGACAUAUCAAGAAACAUUGUGGAAGAAAAUACUGGAUGAACAUCGAGGUGACGACUCGAAAGGCCGUAGUGAACACGAUCGACACGACAGAUCGAACAAUAAUUACGGUCCUCAAAACCAGCAAACCCCAAACUCUCUCGCAGUUCCCAUCAAAUUCAUUCCAGAUCCAAUGAAUGAAGCAGAGUGUGCAGAGGUAGUGGAGAAAGAGUUGAAUUUAUCCAAGUUCCAAUUACUUCCAGAUUCCAUGCAUCGAUGUGAAUGGUCAUGUGUUGGGUUUUAUGGCCAUGCAUUCUCUACCGUACAUGACACUUCUGUAUUUGUAAAAAUGACAGCAUUUAGAGAAGAAAACAAGGCAGUUAUGCAACAGUUAUGUCAUCUUCAAACAAGCAAGUCCAUGCAUGAAUUUCCUAACCUGGUUAGAAUUUUUGAGUUUCAAAUUAACACAAAAUUGGUGAGCGUUGUGUAUAAUUUAAUGAAAUUGCACAAUAGUGGAAAGAACGAGCUGGAAAAGCUUGCUCUUCAUUCUACUGAACCCAUUAAGGUCACAAUCCAAGAGAAGUUGUUAUCAUUGGAUGCUGUGAUGAAUAAGCGUGCUCUUAAUCCAUGGAUUGGGAAACACAGAAAAAUGUUUUUCAUGAACCUCAUUCGCCAAUGUUUUGAUGUUUUAUUUCAACUAGAUGCAACAAAUAUCCAACACUCAGACAUUUCCAUGGGAAAUUUAAUGAUUAGAUUCGACUCAGAUUUAUGGAAACGAGCAUCCAAAAUGGAUGAAAAGUUACGCUGUUUUACUCUUGUACUAAUUGAUUUCAAUUCAUCCUUGCUAUUAACCGAGCGUGACCAUUAUGCAGUCCAGGAAUGUGGAUCUGUGAAAAGACAAGUAAUUCCCAACCAAUCUGUGGAUUACGUUUACAAGUAUCCCUAUUCCGAUCCUGGUUUUGAUAUGGAACAAGUGGACAUUUAUUCAAUGGCUGUAGUCAUUGUGAAUUAUUUACACUUUUAUCUCCACGGCAAGCCCCUGAAAUCCAAAGUGGAACCGCAUUUAGAGUCUUGUCAACAAUAUCGAAGCGAAAUGUUGGACUUUUUACAAGAAUGCAACAGAGAUGAGCAUAUGAAUCAUCAACACGGCAAUCUUAUUCUAUUAUUGAAAUACAUGUUAGGAACAACAGAAGAAACUCAAUCACUGGAUAAGAUUAAAACCAUGCUUGAAAAAGUUGAAACAUUUCGCAAAGGGCAAUGA